UUGUUCCAUGUGUCAUUAUUCUAUGUCCAAAACAAAUAACAAAGAACUAUAAUACUUGAAAACACAAUAAGUUAAGUACAUACCAAAGAAAUUAAUGUGCAUACACAUCCACCUCCAACUUUUGUGAAUGCCUACCCUUUCUUCAUUUCCAACCUGAUUUUUCCAAGCAUACCAACUAACUACAUUCCUUCUCAACUACAAUAUUUAAUACAGUGCCUGUGAUUUCAAAGUGAAACCAGAGUUUUGAAAUUGAUUGAAAUUUUCAAUCAAUUUCAAAACUGUUUCAAUUCAUGUUUUAAAGAAGCUUCACAAACCAUCAUCAUUCAUUCAUUCAUUCAUAUCACAUAAAGUGCGACUUGCAUAUUAUUAUCACAAAUUAAAUUGGGCAAAUAAGCCACUUAUCUUUAACCUUGAUUUUGAAGAAUAUUUUUGCAUGAACAAGCAAAAAACAAGCAGGAUAAAAUUGUAUACAUCUCUUUCAGCCUCUAUCUAUGCAGCAAAAUUGCUCCAGAUUAAAUUUAACUCUAGAUUUGCAAGUAAAGAUUAAAGAUUUCGAACUUUGAAUAAGAUAGGAUUAUUUUGAGAUUAUUUUGAGAAAUACAUUUUCAAGAGAGAAAGCGAGAAAGUCAUAAAGUUGACUUUUUUGAUUUUCUUGGGCGGCCUCGGUUCGAUUUCUUCUUGCCCACGAGACAAAAAAGUUGCAGGUUGGCAUCACACCAGUCGCCUCUCUCUCACUCUACGCUCCACUCUGCUCGUGCUCGCAACGAGUUCGUUCACUCUGCUGGAAAUCAAAUUUUGGAAAAGAUCUCUUAUCAAAUAUCAGCCCACUCGAGAAAUAAGAACUCAUCGCUCACAUUAUUUGGUUAACUCGAAUGGGAGGUGGUCCAGUUUGGUCAAAGGUUACAUUGGGGGACUAAGAUACUGAACUGUGCCAUUGAGAAUAUCCUCAGGAUACAAAAAAACUCAGGAUGAACCUUCCGGACGUGGAAAAGGGGAUUCUCCUCGGUCCAAAACGUCUUCAAGCUAUUUUAAAUAAGUCGAAACCUGAAAUUGAUGCGGCCUUGAGGGGAUUUGUGCAUCCAAUUUUGAGAAACCUUCCUAAUCCCGAGAAGAAGAAGAUGUGUCAGAUAAAGGGAAAGUACGAUGCGCGGGACUACAUAUUCAAGAACCAGAAGGCUAGAGCAAAGAAUGCAGAAUGCGAUAUGUUCAUACUCUGCGACGAGGGUUCGAUCCCCUGCCAUCGGGUAUUUGUUUCGCUCAUGUCCCCACUCUUGAGAAGCCUAAUCGACGAGAAUAUUGAGGCUAUUGGCGUUCCCGGUUGCAAAAACCCCAUAUCAAUAUACUUAAGUGACUGCAGCAUUGAGGACCUUAGAGUGGCAAUGAGUUUCUUUUAUACAGGAUUUGUUUCUUUUUCAUCUUCACGUCGUAAAGCUGUGCUUGACAUACUAGAAUUUUUCCAAGUGGACAAGUCGGCUACAUCAAAUGUGGAGCCGUACUCUCCCACACUUUUACAGGAAAAAAAAUGCAAACUGCUUCAAGUAACUAUAGACGGAGGAUCCAGUAGCGAUUCUUCUGAAUCGGAAGAGUCUGGUGCUAAUGAAGAUGAUACACCGUCAAGGUCAGGGGAACGUAAGAAACGAACGGGAAAAUGGGUAAAAGAAACAACAUCCAAGACCAGCUCGAGCGUAACCAGUCGCGAAAGUAAAGCUCCGCCCAAAUCUAAUAGUUCAUCAUCUAUAAGCCUUUCUAAGUCACCCAGUGUGGGAAGGAAGACCAGAAAUAAAUCUAACUACUCGGUCACUCCAUCCCCAGCAACUACGCCUAACAAGCCAAUAAGUAGGCAGUCCAAUUCUAUUGAAAAUACUCCAAGAUCAACUCGUUCUACUUCUGCUGGUGUUGUUGCUGGCACUUCUGUUACGCAAGGGUCAUCCAAAAAUGUUCCGGGGUCCUUAACUACUCGACAACCGGAACCUCGAGUUAAGAAGGUCCUUGGGCCACCCCGUACGACGUUGAAUGCAACAAUUCGAAGGACUCGAUCUUCAAAGAAGGCACCACCAAAGAUAACUGCAGGAUCAGAUAAGCCAACUGCAUCCACAUCUGCUGUUUUAGGAGUAAUGGACCAACCCCCCCGAUCUAAGGUUCCAUACGAGCAUGAUUCUGAGUACGAACCAAGCGAAAUGGGUCCAAUUGUCUCAUCGUCUUCGCCUUCGGUAUUCUCCGAACAAGGUUCAGAUGAGGACGAUCUUGAAGAAAAGUUGGCCUACGCCGAACGGAAUUUGCGUUCGAGAGCUCACAAAGAAGACAUGUCAGCUAGUGCAUCAAAUCAUGCAGAUGAAAUUGAUUUGAACCACGAUCCGCCUACUCUCUCUCUUGUGGAUCGACUCAAGUUGAAUCCCAGGCAUCUGAGCGGAAAUGAAGAUGACCAUAAUGGUGCACGAUAUCCUAAGCGAGCACGAAAGAAAGUGGAACAUUAUCUUCCGGAACCUGCCGAAUCUGUAGUAAAUGUGGAAAGUGAUGAAAGUGGUAAUGGGGGUAAUCGUGACGAUUCAGAUGACGUUGAGAGCAAUGUUUCGUCGAAAGAUACAAAAUGUUACUUUUGUAAGACGGCAUUUGAUACUGAGGAAGACCUAGCACGCCACUCAACUUCGGAAUGCGGAAAGCAUUUGAAACAUAUGUAUAACUUUGCAGACAGGCAAUGCUUGAAUUGUUUCAACAUAUUUGGACCUAUCACUCAUUACGAAUUAGUAAAACAUGUUCAGUAUUGUAUCAGCGAUAAUAAAUCAAUAACAGAUGCCAUGUCAGCAUCAGGCAUUGGCAAGCACAAACUAAAGAGCAAUUCUGACCUAGAAGAACCACUAGAAAAACGAGCAAAAACGACACCGAUCUCACCGUCCAUGACAACAAAUGGACAAGAAAAGAACACACAAAUCUUGACAAAAAAUGGUCAGAAGUUUGCGAUUGGGAAGUCAAAAGUUGUGAUGCAAAGGUUUUCUGAUGAACUAGUCAAAGAGGUAAUUAACGAAAUACGUAAUAAGCGUACCCCAGACAUUCAACGCGUCCCGGGAUACAAUUACGUUCGGAGACUUGUUACCCCGAAGACCGAAAUUCCUGACUUGUUUCCGGAUGACACCCCAGAAAUGAAUGCGGAACGCAUUCGGCAAUACAGAAAGGAGCAAGAGGAAUAUAUAAUUCAAUCGGAAAUGCGGAAACUUAUCAAAUUGCAGGCUGAACAAGCAGAAAAAGAUGCGGCUGAGGCUAAGAAGGUGGUUAAUCCCGUCGCUUUACAUCUUCACCGUUGCAUGGAUAUGCAGAACCAGAAAACUGUACUGAAUGCCAAAGCCAUUUUUGAGAAAUUUAGAAACUGUAGCUGUGGAGACGUCCAUUCUGAUAUUGAAAAAUCACUGAAGUGUUUAAAGAAACGGAAAUUGAGCAAAUGUUGGAUCUGUUGCACAGAGUUUGAACCAAGUCAUCCUAUGGAGCAUCAUCUCCGAAAAUUGCAUAGCUCGAAUACUGGACGUGUCAACUGUGUAACUUGCCCUGUAUGCAAGGCAUCAUUAACCUUCGCUGAACUCAAUCAGCAUGUGUAUACCCACUUUAAGGGAAGAAGUAGCUAUUCUGAUGAUGAUGACGAGGAGGUCUUUGAAACCAACAAUGCAGUCUCGGUCGAAGGUGACGUUCUUCAAGAAACAGACAAUACAGUCUCGGUGGAAAGGGUCGUUCUUCAGGAAACCGACAAUAAUAUAGCCUCCGUCGAAGGUGAGGUUCUUCAAGAAACCAACAAUGCAGCCUCGGUCGAAGGGGUCGUUCUUCAGGAAACCGACAAUAAUAUAGUCUCGGUCGAAGGUGACGUUCUUCAGGAAACCGAAAAUAUAGUCUCGGUCGAAGGUGACGUUCUUCAGGAAACCGAAAAUAUAGUCUCGGUCGAAGGUGACGUUCUUCAGGAAACCGAAAAUAUAGUCUCGGUCGAAGGUGACAUUCUUCAGGAAACCGAAAAUAUAGUCUCGGUCGAAGGUGACGUUCUUCAGGAAACCGAAAAUAUAGUCUCGGUCGAAGGUGACGUUCUUCACGAAACCGACAGUACAGUCUCGGUUGAAGGUAACGUUCUUCACGAAACCGGCAAUUCACAGAAUAAUGACAGACAAAGAUCUGAAGACAACUUACAACAGGGGACUGCAGACAAUCUCCAGCACGGACCAGGAAAUGAUUCCCCACAAGGACCCGAAGACAAUCUCCAGCACGGACCAGGAAAUGAUUCCCCACAAGGACCCGAAGACAAUCUCCAGCACGGACCAGGAAAUGAUUCCCCACAAGAACCCGAAGACAAUCUCCAACAAGGGACUGAAAUUGAUCUGCAACAAGUUCCUGGAAACAGUGACCAACACUUCGCAACAGAACUUUGCAACAACAGCAGUGCUAAUAAUCGUAACGAAUUGGAAUGCGACUCUGUGCCCCCACCUCCAUCAGUUGAAGUUUUGACUGCCAAAAAAUCGGCAACGGUGUCCCAGGAGAAAAUUACGCCGCCAGUUUGUUCGGAUGAUGUCACUUGUCCAAACUUGGACACCCGAAUCUCUAAAAGUGUGAAAGAAGUGGCAAAUGUUCGAAGUGAUAUCGGGGAAGUUGUUGUGGACGGACAACACCUCAGAAUCAUACCCAGGGGUGUAUCAGAAACUCCGUACCCUGGAACGGUUCACACGAUGCCGGUUUCGGAUGAGCUGAUUAACUUAUAUAGUUCAUCUAACCGUCAGACUAACCCUCCGCAAAAUGUAAAUAUUCAAUUUCCCAAUAACGUGCAACAGCAACAAGUGGCCUUAGUCAAUCGUAGUAUGUUGUUUGCCAGUGGUGCCCAGACACAACAACAACAACGCCCUAUGAUAAGUCAAGCCGGAGGGGUUCAUGUCAACAUGCCAAUUCCUGCGCGAAAUUCGCAUCCAAUAACUGCAACGUUUCAGCAGCAACAGCAGCAGCAGCCCCUGUCGGCUCCAGUCAAUCGCAAUAAUUCUAGUAUUUUAUUUACCGGUGGUCCUUCUGUUUCUCAAAUGCAACCUCGUUUACAAAUUCAACAACAACAAGAACACGUUAUGAUACAAUUUGGAGGAACUAAUAUAAGCAUGCCAACUCCUGCGCGAAAUGCACCUCCAAUAACUGUGUAUCAGCAACAGCAGCAGCAAUUUUCUGUGAGAAAUUCGCCUCCAAUAACUGCAACGUUUCAGCAGCAGCCCCAGGCGGCCUCAGUCAAUCGUAAUGCUCCUAGUAUUUUGUAUGCUACUGGUCCUACUGGAUAUCAACAACGACAACAAUACCCCAUGAUAACUCAAGUCGGAGGGACUUCUGUGAUGGCGAUUCGGAUGCGAAAUUCUCCUCCGAUAACUUCAACGUUCCAACAGCAGCCACAACGACGACGUUUCACGGCGCCUCCUCCGCCAAUUCCUGUAGCCAAAUACAGUUGCAACAAGUGCAAUAGGCUCUUUAUAUCGAAAGAUCUAUUUGAUACUCAUUUUUGCUAAUUAUUUUUACUAAUCCAGAUACAAAUAAUUGUAGUACUGAUUAAUUUUAAGUAAUUCUCUUCACCUUUCUUUAUGAAAUCAAUUCAACACGAGAUUUUAUCGGCAUACAUUGAAGUAUUUUUUACACGUUUUUAUAAAAUUAUAUUACAAUUUUAUACCAUCGAGAAGAUUAAUAUGAGGAUUCAGUAUCAUUAUUAUUAAUAGAAAAUUGUCUUCCUUAAAAUAUACUUUCCAUUCCUCUCAAACUAUAGAAUCUCUUUAGAAAAUGGAUAUCAUUGUUUAUGAAUUAUUCUAGUUAAGUUAAUCAUUUUUAAAAUUCUUGUUUCUUCCUUACGUAUUUGUUUACUAUGUACAAUUUAUAUAAUUUGGUUCCCAGAAUUUGCCUUGAAUUAUAACAUUUUAAAUUAUGAAUAAAAACAGAAAAUAAUUUUCGGCUUGGAACUUU